UGUCAAAAUGUCAAGUCAAGUGUCACUAACAAAAUGACGGGUUAAUUUUGCAAUUUGCAUUUUGCAUUUCUUCUAAUUGGAAAAUUUCAAAACUUACCUGAAGUUGGUGGAAAUCCUUAAUGGAUUACGAUAGAAAUGUAAACGGGCAAAAAUAUACUUUGUCUAGGCCCCUUAUUACUGUAAGAUAUAGUUAAAACGUAGUAUCAUAACCAAACCGCUAAGUAGGUACUUGGUGAUUUUGAUAAAAUUUGAAAACAAUAUUUGAUAAAUUAAAUAUACCGAGCUACAACUAUGGCAGAUUGGUCUAAUAAACAUGUGAUCAUGCGGGAUUUGGCAGAGGCACAAGGGUGUGAUGUUCCGGUCGACCUUGAAGGAAUUGGCGCCAACGAGAAACCACCCGCUUUGAAUAUCCCUGAAGACAUGGGAGAGGAUUAUUUUGGACAUUGUAUUGGAGAAGGUGACACCGGCCCACCAGACAUCGCUAUGAUCCAGCAAAUGCUAGAUGAGGUCAGAGAUGUAAGUGUCUUAAACUGCGAGGACAGCUCUGAAUAUGUUGUAGAAAUAUCCAAACCUAACAGGUUAUCUAUGAGCCAAUUGAUUGGCAAAGAUGUCACGAAUACCAGAACAGGAGCCAUACCAAAAACCGUCCAAAGUAAAACUGAGAAACCUGCGAUGAAAAAAGUAAAAAAGAAAAGAGAAAAUGUUGCUGUUAAUUCAAUUUUACAAAAUAUGGCUGAGGAGAGUGCAAAAUUAAAUGCAGAACAGCCUAAAGAACCACUAAAACUUUUAAAACCAAUGGAUUUCAUAACUGAUUUAACAGACACAGAGAUAGUCCAAUCCGUUGAGAAGGUUAAUGGUUGGUUGGAUAAUCAAGUGCCUGAAACUUAUGUGCCAAAGUUUGUAAGUAAUCCACUUCAUUUUGAGGCAGGUUCAAUGUUUAAAAGAAAAAGUGGCUCUACAUCAAAAAGCAACAGGAGUGACAGCGUUACUUCCUCACCUCAAAAAAAAGAAUCAUCAACAUCAUAUAAACCUUCUUCUUCGGCUACUAAGACACAAGAUCCUGAACGUAAGAUUUUACAUAAUCCAUUAGCAUUAGAUCCGGGUGCAAUGUUUAAGAGAAGAAGUGGAUCAACCUCUAAAAGUACAGGGAGUGACUCUGUUGAGACCUUUUCCCCUCCUCAAAAGCCACCUACGUCAUCAGUUGAUACGUACCAACCGACAACAAAUUUCAAUGAAUAUUACCAGAAGUAUGUGGAGAAAAGUCAAAUAAAAGAGUCAAUUAAAGAAGAUAUAUGGACAAGAGCAGAAAAGUUAAUGAAGAAAAAAGAAGAGGCAGCAGCAUUGAAAGCUUUGGAGUCUAACUUAGAAGCUGAAGCUAUAGUUUCGGAAGUCUUCGACGUACCUACGGAAGACGAUAUAGCAAACAUUGUUCUAAACUUCAAAUUAGAACCUGACGUUAUCGAUUCAACGGUAGAAACUGAUGUAAUCGACACAAUGGUAGAACCUGAUGUAAUGGACGCAACAAUACAAACUGUCGUAAACGACACAACGAUACAAACCGUCGUAAACGACGCAACAAUACAAACUGUCGUAAACGACGCAACGAUACAAACUGCCGUAAACGACGCAACGAUACAACCUGCCGUAACUGAAACAACGAGAGAACCUGCCGUAAUGGACGUCCCGUUAGAACCUGUCUUAGCCGACGCAACGAUACAACCCGCCAUAAACGACGCAACGAUACAAACUGCCGUAACCGACGCAACGAUACAACCUGUGGUAACUGAAACAACGAGACAACCUGCCGUAAUGGACGUCCCGUUAGUACCUGUCGUAGCCGACGCAACGAUACAACCCGCCGUAAUCGACGCAACGAUACAACCUGCGGAACAAUAGUAACUACGUAAAAUGGUAUACUUUAUUUCUAACCCUUCUUAAUAUGCUUUUUACUACCAUUUUGGAUUAAAACUGAAGUGGUUCGCGCCGUGACAGAGACAAGAGACCGCGACAUGAGUACCAAUACAAGAGACAGGUUCGGCCAGGAUCAAUGAGGGCUAUCGUUUUAGCGCUCACCAGUAAGCGCCACUGUAGAGUAAGGUCCUGUCACUUGCUAGUAGCGAAGACAGUGGCACCAACUGGUGAGCGCUAAAGUGGUAGGAGGACUAUCGCUUUUGCACUCAUCAAGAUGGCGCCACUGUAGAGUAAGGUCCUGUCAAUCGCCAGGGGUGCCAACUGUUAAGUAUAAAAACGAUAGCCCUCAUUGAAAAACAUGCAAGUAUAGUGUGGGCGAAGGCUCGGUAGAACUCGUGAAUAAUACAACAUCAACGUAAGGGAAAAGAAGAAGAAUGUAGGUACAUAAUAAGGAAAGAAAUAUGACCGGAGAUUAGACUAGGUCUAAGGCUAGUCUUAGCCUGGUAAGCAAGAAAAGAAAACUGAACACAGGGCGUUUCAACGCCUUUUGAAGUGAGAAAAAAAGUUGGCAAUAUUAGACUAUGGAUAAAAGUCCAGACCAAAAACAACGCACGCAAAGCAGCGGGCAAAAGCUAGUAUUUUUAUAGUGAUGUUUGUGGAAGUGUUAUUUAGUUUGAAAUAAUGAACAUUUUCAUGUGAACUUAUUACAUUGAUUUUGUUAUUUAUUACUUUUGUGAUUUUUAAUUACUGUUUUUAGUUUAGUUACUAGAUGAUUAGUUUCAAAUUGAGUGUGGACCGGGGAUCUUGUAAAGGUCGCGGGUAGCAUGACUGGUUGUUUUAAAAAUCCUUGAGGGAAGCCUUUGACCAGCAGUGAACGUCCUUUGGCUGAAACGACCAAUUAGUUUUAACUGAAAGUUAUUUUAAGUUUAAUAAACGCCGUCCUUUUCACACUGAUCUGAAUUGAAAAGGGUAAAAGUGGUCUUAAUAGAAAAGCUAGUGCUUUAAUAUUAAUGGAAAAAUGUGCCGCAAACUACAUUAUUUAUUUUCCAUUUUUAGUAUAGUAACUAAAGGUUAAUUUUGAUACUCAAUGUUAAGUACGACGAUGACACACACGAUAAAUGCUGAGGUGUCUUAUUUAGUUGUAAUUCAUAGAAAAUAUAACAAAAAUGUAUAGUCUGAUUUGCUGUUGUCUGUUCAAACUCGUAGCAAGCAUGACGUAAGGAAUAUAAAUGGCUGUUAAAAAGUUAACAUUAAGUUACAUUUAGAUAAGUUUAACCAAUUUUUGUUUGAAAAAUUUAAAAUGCCUAAAAGAUAUGAC